AUGAACCCUGUUAAAAUCAAAUAUUUACUCACAGUGGCUUUUCUCUUGUAUCUGAAAGAACUGUUCCCUUACAAUCAAAGAUCUAAAAAGACGGAUUAUGGAAACUAUUCACUAUACACUUUGAUUGAUAAUGAUGAUGAUGAUGAUGAUGAUGAUGAUGAUGAUGAUGAUCAUGAUCGUAAAACUUUAUGCACAAUCACUUUAGCUGUCACAGAUCUUCAGGUGGAAGUGAGUAGUGAGAGGAUUACUGAAGGUCAGAAGAUCACAUUGACCUGUAAGACCAGCAGCUGUCCAUCAAACAAACUCAACUUCAUCUGGUACAAAAACAAACAGCUUUUAAAUCUUCAACACUCCAAGAAUAAACUAAACGUUGGUCCUGAAGAUACAGGCAGAUACUCCUGUGCUCUUACAGAUUAUAAAUCAUUCCCAUCCGCUGAGAAAGACAUCUAUGCUCCAAGAAACACAACAGCAUCAGUCAGAUAUUUGGAGACGGGUGACGUGAAUCUGACCUGCAGCAGUGAUGCUCAUCCAGAACCCAAAUAUAACUGGUUUAAAACCUCUGAUACUGGUCAGAUACUGGGACGAGGUCAAAGUUUGACUGUGAAGACUGGAAACACUGGAUUCUUUUAUUGUGAAGCUACAAACACAAUCGGCUCUCAGAACAGCACAGUUAUACGACUGAAAGGAAUAAAGUCAGAUGUGAUGUUUGACAGACGUGGAUUCAUCAUCUCUCUCUUAUCUUUACUCAUUCUUCUGAUUCUGAUGUUGAUCUCUGCAGCUGGAUGGAGGAGAAGGAAAAACUUCAGACGUCCUGCAGGAAACGAGGCGAACACACAGAAUGAUUCACAUGUGUAUUCAAAUAUCCAUGGACCGGCCAAGAAUUCAGAACUGAAGAAGAGAGAAGAGUCUGAUGAUAAGGAUGAAGUUCAAUACUCUCAUCUUCAUUUCAGUAAAAACAAAAAUACUAAAAGUCCUGCAGUGCCAGCUGAUGUCCAGUAUGCUGUCAUUAAAGUCUCAUAGCUCAGUGCUGACCUCUACUGAUAAACAACACCAUUACUCUCUAUAUUGAUAUUAGUUGUAUUUGUGCUGUAUUUCAACAAUCUCAUUUUUAUUUUAAAUAACAUUAUCUGUAUCAAAUCACAAUACAGGCAUGUACUAAACAUGCACAUUUCCUUUCCUAACUAUACAACACAGUUCUUUGUUUGUAUAGAAUCUCUCACAAUAUUAUUGUAUGUCACAACAGGUUUGCAAAAAUCUGACUGUGUUGUUUUAAUGUUUAAAGAUGUGUAUUAACCAAAGGUGGCAAAUGUUUUAUACAGCAGUUACUUUACCAUGCACUUCAGCAAUAUGAGAUAAACUUUACAGACAAUUCAUGACUUAUUUUACAGCUUGAUUCAAUGUUUUGCAUGAGGAUGUUAUUUUAGUUUUAUUCUAUAAAGAUAAAGACUUGUAAAUGUUUAAUGUUCAUUUAACUUUGAACAAACUGUUCCCAGUAAAUAGCAUACAUUAAAAUCUACAGUAAGAAAUACAACUAUACAUAAUUAUAUAAUUAAUUCUGGCAAGUGGCUCUUUUGUUGAGUAUAAUCAUUGACAGCUGCCUAGCCACUCCCUAGCAACCAAUGAGAGUACCCUAGCAACAGUUUAGUAAGACCUGUAUCUCUGCAUCAGAGCAUCAUAGAGACUUUGGGGAUGGAUUAUAUAAUUCAGAUUGCGGCAGAUGCGCAUGCACAUUUACCUGGGGUCUUAAUAC